AUGGCCGAAGAACAGCUAACCUCUGAGGCAAUGGAAGAUGAUAUAAAUCCUGAAGUUACUGAAAUUACUAAUACAGUAGAAAAUACUGAGAUUAUGGAGACUUCCGAGGCCAAUGAGCCGGACCUAACUUCAGAAAUUUCUGGUCAACAAGCUUCUGCACCGUCACAUCUUUCCGUUCAAGCCGACUCUGAGACAACACCUGAAAUACCUCAAACUGAAGAAGAUUCAUCAACGGCUGAGAUAAUUAAAACUGAAGAGGAACCAUUGGGAACUGAAGAGGAACCAUUGGUAUCUGAAGAGGAACCAUUGGUAUCUGAAGAGGAACCAUUGGUAACUGAAGAGGAACCAUUGGCAACUGAAGAGGAACCAUUGGCAACUGAAGAGGAACCAGUGGUAACUGAAGAGGAACCAUUGGCAACUGAAGAGGAACCAGUGGUAACUGAAAAAGAACCAUUGGUAACUGAAAAAGAACCAUUGGUAACUGAAGGAUCUAAAAGUGAUGAUUCAUCGAUAGUUGAAGUACAUAACACCGAAGAUUCAUUGAUGACAAAGAUAAUCGAACUUGAAAAAGAUUCAUCAGUGGCAGAAAUAGUCGAAACAGAGGAAGAUUCAUCGAUUUCAGAAAUACACGCAAUUAAAGAAGAUACGUCGAUGACAGAGAUACCCAAAGCCGAAGAUUCAUCGACGGUACAUAAAAUCGAAGAUUCAUCGAUGGUACAUAAAAUCGAAGAUUCAUCGAUGGUAGAACAACAUAAAAUCGAAGAUUCAUCAAUGACAGAACCGUAUAAUAUCGAAGAUUCAUCAAUGACAGAACUAUAUAAAAUCGAAGAUUCAUCGACGGUAGAACCACAUAAAAUCGAAGAUUUAUCGAUGGUAGAAACACAUGAAAUCAAAGAUUCAUCGAUAGUAGGACCACAAAAAAUCGAAGAUUCGUCGACGAUAGAAGCACAUAAAACCGAAGAUUCAUCUAUGGCGGAAGCUCAUAAAAUUGAAGAGGAUUCAACGAUUGCAGAAAUUCACAAGAUGGAAGAGUCAUUCAUGGUGGAAGUUCACAAAAUCGAAGAUUCACAGGUGGUGGAAGUUCACAAAACCGAGGAUUCACCCAUGGCGGAAGUUCAUAAAACCGAAGAUUCAUCUAUGGUGGAAGUUCACAAAACCGAAGAUUCAAAGAUGGUGGAAAUUCAAGAAGUUCACAAAGCCGAUGAUUCAUUUAUGGCAGAAGUUCACAAGACCGAGGAAGAUUCUACCAUGACAGAAAUCCACAAAGCUGAGGAAGAUUCAAUAAUGGCAGAAAUACAUAAAACCGAGGAUCAAUUUUUGGAUAAUUCCAUGGCCCUCACAGACUACUCCAAUGUACCACCACCUUCUUCACUUACCUCAGCUUCAGGACCAGUUGAGUUUAGUGAUGCGAUGGCGAAAGUAAAGGCUAUCGCAGCCAAAUUAGAAAGUCGAGAUGAUUACCGAGAUGAUUAUCGUAGAGACUCUUACAAUAGACGAGAUCGAGGAAGUCGUUACGAAGAUUAUGGAAGGGAUUCAAAAAGAACGGCUUAUGAUGGUGGUUCAUCUCGCCCAGAGCACGAUAAUAGUAAUAAUAGACAUCGUUACGGUAUAGGAAGUGAAGAUCGACGUUCAUACCAUGGUUCCCAUUAUGGGCCACUCGGAGAUUCGUCUCGUAUUUCAACUCAAGAAGAAUUUAAAGUACCUAAUGCAGUUGUAGGUUUAGUUAUUGGUCGAGGAGGAGAGAAUUUGAAGCGAAUUGAAAAACAGACAGGAGCACGGAUCCAAUUUUCACAAGAUCAACCGCCAGAUGUUAUAGAAAGACGAGUAACUAUUACCGGCACACCAGAUGAUGUUAAGAAUGCCAAAGGGAUGAUUCAACAACUUGUCGAUGAUGCUAUCAACAGCAAUGCUCUUAAUCGUCGCGAUUUACAAGGUGGAGGUAAUCGUUCAACUAUCACAAUUCACAUUCCAAGUAGUAAAGUUGGAGUUGUUAUCGGCCGAGGUGGCGAAACCAUUCGAGACUUGCAGGAUCGAAGUGGUGCACGGAUCAACGUAACACCGGAUAGUGCAGCUAGCCCACAAUCUAAUGAUCGAUCAGUAACUUUAAUCGGAGAUGAAGCUGCUGUUCAAAGAGCCAAAGCUCUAAUUGAUGAAAUUGUAAAUACUGAUUACCGCUCAAACAGUUACGGUGGCAGCACUUAUAGUAAUGAUAAUCAUGGUAAUAACUAUGGUGGUGGUGGUCAUUACGGACCAUAUGGUGGACAUCCUACAGGAAAAACUAAUCAAGAUAGUAUCACUAUCCAAGUUCCGAAUGAUUCUGUUGGAUUAAUCAUAGGAAAGGGAGGGGAAACGGUAAGAGCACUUCAACAGCAGUCAGGAGCAAAAAUACAAAUUGAACCUGUUCACGGUGUUCCGCCAGUCGAGCGCAAUGUACAAAUUAUCGGUUCUGCUGAAAAUAUUACUGUCGCGAAACAAUUGAUUCUUGAAAAAGCUGCAUCUGGAAAUCGCGAAAGGCCAUCACGUCAUGGUGACCAAAAUAGGGGAUAUGGAAACAGGGAUUACGGAUCGGGUGGAUAUCAACAAACUCCGUAUCAACAUCAGCAAAACAGCUAUCAACAAGGCAGCUAUCAACAAGGAAAUUAUCAGCAAGGAAACUAUCAACAAGGAAACUAUCAACAAGGCACCGGCUAUCAGCAAAGCAGCGCCAACUCAAGUAAUACAGGAGGUUCCGGAUAUCAGAAUAAUGGAUAUUCUACUGGAAUAUAUAACACGCAACCACAACAAACUACCUACGUUCAAAACACUACAAAUGAUUACGGACAACCCAUAUCUAGCGGAUAUCCUACUACUGGUGUAUAUGGGACACAAGGCCAACAGUCUACAAACUAUGCCCAAUACGGACAAUAUAAUACUACUCAAGCUCCUACAGCAUACAACCAAUUUCCUGCUCAAACACAGUAUGGAUCUUACGGCCAAACUACACAAUAUAAUCAAUCUCCCGCUGGACAAUCUACACCGGCUCCUGUAGUACAACCUGUUGGACAGCCUGUUGGACAACCUAUUAGUCAACAAGUUGGUUAUUAUCAGACUCCAGCAGUAAAUCAAACCAAACUUGGUCAGGGAACUGAUGUCAAGCAAGAUGGUCAAUCUGUCACUGUAGCGCCAAAUUACGGCUAUUCACAAUAUGGUUACACUUAUGGAACAACAGCUGCUACAACAACUUCACAGUAUUCUAACACCGCUGGUCCGCAAAGUCUCACUAUAAAUACAACCCAUACACCCAGUGCGUAUGGUUCUGCCGCAUCUGUAUAUGGUGCUGUAACAACUGGCACAGCUAUUCAUUCCUCUGCUGCUGCUUCAGCACCUGGAACUGGAGAUCAAACUACUACGCAACAGCAGACUUAUUCCGGUUACUAUGGUCAGCAAUAUUCUCAAGAUCAAUAUAAUCAGCAGCAAAAUUAUUACCAACAAUAUUAUCAACAGCCACAAACUUAUAGCUAUCAAACGACGACUACAAAUACCCAUACAGCGGAGCCCCAAAA